AAGCUCUUUAUUUCAUAGUAGAUAGGGCAAAACACAGGUCGCGAGAUGAGACAAGUAGUUCCCGCGAGUUCCCGGCCCCUGGUCCCAAGAUUCAGAUCAUGACAUUUGGAUUGUUAUGAAUUCUUUCGUUGGAAGACUAUAUUAAUGAGAGCAAACUUUUAUCGUUAAUUUUAAUUUGUGCUUUGUACCUUUUGGCAAGUUGUUUGCAAAUGCUGUCAAGAUUUAACGACCCAGAGAGGAAUACAGACGAUCACCAAGUGUAUUUUGACAGGAACGGAUUGAGAGUGGACUUGUGAAUUUCGGAGAUUAUAAGUGCCUCAUCAUGUCAGCAAUGUUGACAGCGGAUUGGUGUCCUCUUGGACGGGACACUUAUUUCAGGAAGUUUGAUUUGUACUCCAUGGGGUGGCAGCAUGAGCUGCGUCUUGAAAAUGUUGCAGUAGCAUCAGCACCAUAUGGUGGUCCAUUGGCUGUUGUACGUGAUCGUAAAAAGUUUGUGCAGGUGCAAGGAUCCGGGAAACCUGUCAUAUCCCUUUACUCAGCCGCUGGGCAACACCUUGCAUCCAUUGUUUGGAGCGGCACUACUUUGGUGGCCCUUGGGUGGUCAGCUUCAGAAGAGUUGCUUUGCAUUCAGGAUGAUGGUUCUGUACUUCGCUAUGACAUCUUUGGCACCUAUCAACAUACAUUCAGUAUGGGCAAGGAUGCAAAGGAUGGCCACAUUGUGGAUGCUCGGGUUUUUGCAACUGCAGGAGGUACUGGGGUGGCUGUGCUUUCAGCAUCAGGUCGAUUCUUUCUUGUUUUAAGUGUGGCUGAUCCCAAGUUGCGUACUUUACCUGCAAUACCUGAAAUGACUGGAGCAAAUGCAGGAUCAUUGACAACUUGGGCUGUAGUGCCAGAAGAGAGGGGUGCACGGGUAUUAGUAUCACGUAAUCGUGAUUUAUAUUCAUUGUCAUCACAGGAGACCCGUGCUGAGCCUGUGGCAGUUCCGGAUCUUGGGCUCAGCUCUGUGAUAGAAAUAGCCGUCUCUCUUGAUGGGCGCCAUACUGCUCUAUUGACAGAUAAUGGACAUUUAUGGAUGGGCUCUGCUGACUUGCGUCGAAAGUACGCAGAUUUUGAUACGAAGAUGCCUGGCAAACCACGUCAGUUGGUCUGGUGUGGCUCAGAAGCAGUUCUAGGCCUUUGGGGGACAGUUUUGCUACUGGUUGGGCGGCGAUCUCCAGUAGACAGCAUCUCUUACUCCUAUGAUUCCCCAGUUCACUUGGUACCUGAACUUGAUGGUGUGCGAGUGGUUGGUGCACAGACUCACGAGCUCUUGCAACGUGUACCACCUGUAGUGCAAAGCAUCUUGCGCAUCAACAGCACGAGCCCUGGUGCAUACCUACUGGAGGCUUCACGACAAUUCCAGAAACAAAGCCAUCGAGCAGAUGAAUAUGUGCACUUAGUGCGGGGUCAUCUGGCUGAAGCAGUGCAGAAUUGUCUGGAAGCCGCUGGUCAUGAAUUCAACACUGAUACCCAGAAGAGCUUGCUUAGAGCAGCUCAAUUUGGAAAAUGCUUCUUGGCAGACUAUGAUCCAACGGCAUAUGUUGAUAUGUGCCGAAUGUUGCGAGUGCUUAAUGCAGUUCGCAGUCCUCGUGUUGGAAUUCCUCUUACCAUCACUCAACUUCGUCACCUGUCUGUCCGUGUGCUGUUGGAUCGAUUAGUGUUGCGGAGACACUAUUAUUUAGCAAUUCAAGCAGCAAAGCACUUGAGAUUACCAGAAGUUGAGGGUUCAAGUCGAGUUCUUGCACACUGGGCUUGCUACAAGGUUAAUCAAACACAGCUUGACAGAGAACAGGUAGCUCGUGAUAUUGCUAAUAAGUUAGGAUAUGCUCCAGGUGUAUCUUACAGUGAAAUUGCUGAUAAAGCUAAUAAUGCAGGCAGACGUCAACUUGCUGUGAAGUUGAUUGACUAUGAGCCACGUGCCAGCUUGCAAGUGCCAUUACUACUACGUUUAGAAGAAUAUCGUCCUGCCCUCGUCAAAGCUAUUGAAAGUGGUGAUACAGAUCUUGUAUAUACAGUGUUAGAACAGCUUCGUGAAAACAUGCCUCUUGGAGAGUUCCAGUUGUGUAUUAGAAACUAUCCAGUUGCUCAAGCACUGUAUUUAAAAUACUGCCGGGACCACAAUCCAGAAACAUUGCGAGACAUCUAUGUUCAAGAGGACGACUUCCUAGCACAAGCUUCAUUUUUUGUUCGUGAAAGUUUGGACCCAAAGAAUUCAGCACGAGAAGCAUCAUUGGCUGCAGCUCAGGACAGCUUCCGCCGUGCACGUGCUGACCUCAAUGCCACACUGUGUGAGGAGCAGCAGCGGCUUUUACGCUACCAGAAAGGCCUCGAAGACAAGUUUGGACGAGAAUUUUCAGGGCUGUCUUUGCACGAUACUGUGCGAGCCCUUCUGCUAAUGCGAGAAGUGAAGCUGGCAGAUAAGCUACGAGCUGAAUACAGGGUCCCUGAUCGCCGAUAUUGGUGGUUACGAAUCCUAUGUAUGGCACACCUGGGAGAUUGGGAAGAAUUGGUACGAUUCUCUAAGACCAAGAAGUCACCAAUUGGCUAUGAACCAUUUGUGGAUGUCUGUGUUAAACACAAAUCUCCAUAUGCUGAACAGUUCCUGCCACGGGUACAAGAUGAAUUGAAAGUUAAAUACUAUGCUAAAGCUGGACUCCUCGAGAAAGCAUGUCAAGUGGCAGUGGAACAACGUGAUGUGCAAGCCCUUCUCUUUGUGCGCAGUUGCUGUGCCCCUACAGAUCGUGAGCUUCUUGAGCGUAUUACUGCACAAAUUGCACAGCUGUCUAAUAAAAAGUGAAACACUUUUUCAAAACAGAAGCUAGAUCAUUGCAGAAAUUGCUCGCACAGAAUUAUGCAGUGAUUAAACAAUCAACCUACAGUGCAAUUAUAUUUUUAAGAACUCUUUUCUGACUUUGAACAUACACCAAUGCUGCAAAUACUUAAGCAGAUGUGUUCCUUAAAAUACUAUCAAGCUUUGUGGAUAUAUCAAUUGCAUUAGCUUGGUUUUUACUCUUUCAUUGAGUAAAACUUGAUGUAUAGCUUCAAUGUUCAGUAACUUAAGAUAUUGAAAUGUGCUGUGAAAGUAAUAUUUACAAUUUAUUGUAUACCAUUGUAGCAGAAACUUAUGAAUGAUAAAAACAAAUAUACUGUGAUAAACUUCCUUAUGAUAAAAAGGCAUUGUAAAUAGAGAAUGAAAAUCUUGUGUUGUGUUGUAAAAGUACACAUACUAUGUAAAUGUGUGAGUGAAAAUGUAUAAUUGUUAAAUACUAAAACAAUAUUACAAAUGUGUUCUGUCUUGAUAA